GAACAACAACAUCCAACAAGUUUAGAAGAAGAAGAAGUCGAGCUUUCUUUCCUUUGGUUCUCUUGUAGCUUGAGCAUUCGAUCUCUCUCAUCUCCUUUCGAGUGGGCCUACAAAUGGGCUUUCUUUUUGUAGUCAAUGAUUUUUGAUUAGAUUCCUGAUUUGGUCUUUGACUUGUGGGGGUGUGUGUAAUUAAGAUUCAGAUUUGUACAAAACGUGUCAAAGCUUAUCAAAAUUAAAAACCACAAAGAGAGAUUAGAGUAGCACUUGAGCAGGGUUUCAAAGCGGCGUAGAUUAAGAAGAACAAAGAAGAUCAGAAGCUAUCAUCAUCACCAUGUCAACUGAAAACAUUCAACAUUCUUCUCUCCCUACUCAAAGGCUUCUGGGUAAAGUGGCAUUGAUAACCGGAGGAGCCACAGGGAUAGGCGAGAGCAUUGCUCGUCUCUUCCACAAGCACGGUGCUAAAGUCUGCAUCGUCGAUGUUCAAGAUGAUCUCGGAGACAAACUACUCAAAACUCUUGUAGCGAACUCGGAUGCAGAGUCAGCUUGUUUCAUCCACGGUGACGUCACACUAGAAGACGACAUCAGCAACGCGGUUGACUUCACGGUCAAGCGUUUCGGGACCCUCGACAUACUCAUCAACAACGCGGGACUAAGUGGAGCACCGUGUCCCGACAUCCGUAACAACAGCUUAAGCGAGUUCGAAACGGUGUUUAACGUGAACGUGAAAGGAGCUUUCCUAGGGAUGAAACACGCUGCGCGUGUGAUGAUCCCUGCCAAGAAAGGGUCGAUAGUGUCUUUAUGCAGCGUUGGUGGUGUUGUUGGAGGCGUUGGUCCGCACGCUUACGUUGGCUCCAAGCACGCGGUUCUUGGUUUGACAAGGAGCGUUGCGGCUGAGUUAGGACAGCAUGGGAUACGUGUGAACUGCGUUUCGCCUUACGCGGUUGCGACGAACCUCGCGUUGGCUCAUUUGCCUGAGGAUGAGAGGACGGAAGGCGUGGUGGCGGGCUUCAGGAGUUUCGCGGCUGCAAACGCGAAUCUGAAAGGUGUUGAGUUGACUGUUGAUGAUGUGGCGAACGCGGUUUUGUUUCUGGCGAGUGAUGAGUCGCGGUAUGUGAGUGGUGAUAAUCUGAUGGUUGAUGGUGGGUUUACUUGCACUAACCAUUCCUUUAAAGUUUUCAGGUGAUCAUUUAUUUAGCUUUGUGUGCUAAUGAAUGUUGUUUAGUGUCAAUGUGUGUGUCAUAAACUGUGGAGCUUAUUGUUGUGGUUUUGAUUUUUGUCUUUAUGAUUGUUACUUUUAGCUUUGUAGAGAGUUUUUACAAAGUCAUGGAAGCAGCAUAUUUGUUGUGUUACAUUUGCUAAAAGUCAAUUUUUAACAAAAAAUAAAAAAACCA